AUGACAGAACCAAAAGGAAACACUCCCUUGAUGGCACCCUCAUCAUUGAAGCUCCCAGAUUAUAAGACAUCAGUCAAGCUGAAAUAUGUUAAGCUUGGCUAUCAUUACCUUAUGACUCAUGGAAUUUUUGUAUCCUCCAUCUACUUCCUCACUCGUCCUCGCCCUGUAUACCUGGUGGAUUUCUCAUGCUACAAGCCUGAUGAAGCUCGACGGUGCACAAUGAAGACAUUUAUGAAUCAGUCUCAGUUAACUGGUGCAUUCACGGAGGAGAACCUCGCGUUUCAGAGAAAGAUCCUUGAAAGAUCUGGCCUAGGGGAUCACACUUACCUUCCUGAGGCUGUCCUCAAUAUGCCUCCAAAUCCAUCGAUGAAAGAAGCUAGAAAAGAAGCUGAGGCAGUGAUGUUUGGUGCCAUUGACGAACUUUUAGCUAAGACCUCUGUAAAACCCAAAGACAUAGGAGUCCUGGUUGUGAAUUGUAGCUUGUUCAAUCCAACCCCAUCUUUGUCCGCUAUGGUUAUCAACCAUUACAAGCUUCGAGGAAAUAUCGACAGCUACAAUUUAGGUGGUAUGGGAUGCAGUGCGGGUCUAUUAUCUAUUGAUCUUGCUAAAAAACUUCUUCAGGUCCAUCCUAACUCGUAUGCGUUGGUUGUCAGCAUGGAGAAUAUCACUCUGAACUGGUACUUUGGGAAUGAUCGGGCAAAACUUGUUUCGAAUUGCUUAUUUCGAAUGGGUGGGGCUGCGGUGCUGCUUUCUAACAAAUUUUCGGAGAGAAGAAGAUCCAAAUACCAAUUGGUGCACACUGUUCGGACACACAAGGGUGCUGAUGAUAAGUGCUUUGCCUGUGUGACCCAAGAAGAGGACUUCAAUGGAAAAAUUGGUGUUACUUUGUCAAAGGAGCUCAUGGCUGUUGCUGGUGAUGCUUUAAAAACCAACAUCACCACAUUGGGGCCACUUGUUCUGCCUACGUCUGAACAAUUGCUUUUCUUUGCUACAUUGGUGGGGCGAAAACUUCUCAAGAUGAAGAUCAAGCCUUACAUUCCAGACUUUAAACUAGCUUUUGAGCAUUUCUGCAUCCAUGCUGGCGGAAGAGCAGUUUUGGAUGAAAUCGAGAAGAACUUGCAUCUUUCUGAUUGGCAUAUGGAGCCGUCAAGAAUGACGCUCUACCGAUUUGGCAACACCUCAAGCAGCUCGCUGUGGUAUGAAUUGGCUUAUACAGAAGCCAAGGGAAGGGUGAAAAGGGGAGACAGGGUGUGGCAGAUAGCAUUUGGGUCGGGAUUUAAAUGUAACAGCGCUGUCUGGAAGGCUUUAAGGACUGUAAAACCAGCAAAGGAGAAGAACCCAUGGAUGGCUGAGAUUGACAGGUUUCCCGUGGACGUUCCAAAAGUAGCGGCCAUCUGA